AUGGAUACACAUGAGGCAGUCCUGCUCAAACUUUUCGUUCUGGGGAUUUUGGUAAACGCUUGGAUGAUGAGCAGUGUAUCAGGGGCGGAGACGCAGGAGGCGCCGCGGCUCAGGCGAGUGUGUAACGAGUCUCGGCUGCAGUGGGAGGUGGAGGUCUGCGGAGAACACUUCAAAAAGGACAUGUCCCUGAUCCACCCUCAGCACUGGUGCAACCUCACCCACUUCAUCAGCGAGUACCACCUCUUCACGCUCUGCACCGAAUCCAAGUCUCACUCCGUGGACUGCUACUGGCCCAACCCUCUGGUGGAAGGAUACAUCAUCCGCAUCCACAAGGCCUUCUUCUCCAACUGCAGCGACGAGCAGGUGGUGUGGGUGGACCCUCCGGACGAGACCCUCAUCACCCUCAUCCUCAUCCCCAUCUUCCUCACGCUGGCCAUGAUCACGCUGGUCGUGUGGUGCAGCAAACGCAGUGACAUUUUAGCAUGA